AUGGCAAGCGCGCAAUAUAGGAGUGGUCCCGAUCCAAUAAGCGAACGACCGCUUUAUCGUCGAUUGGUACCUGACCACUCGGCGGGAAACGAGGAGAGUCCCAUCCUCGAUAUCGAAACUCGCUACCUAAACAAUAAGCGCCGCCUCGGUCUACGAUCAACGACUCUGCUGUUAAUGAAUCGCAUCAUCGGAGCCGCGAUCUUUUCCGUUCCUUCAUCAAUCGUCCUCGGGGUACGCAGUGUAGGUGCCGCACUCUUCUUAUGGCUCGCCGGACUAACCCUAUCGUUCUGCGGUAUGUUUAUCUGGCUGGAGUUCGGAUGCCUCAUGCCACGAAGCGGAGGAGAAAAGUUGUAUCUAGCAAGGGUAUUUCCGCGACCGCAUGGGCUCAGUACUACCCUCUAUGCCUUCUAUAUCUUGUUAGGAUUUGCCGGUCUGUCGUGUGUCGUCGUGGUGGAUAACCUGCUGCUUGCGGUGAAUGGCAACACCGGCGAGAUAGGGAAACGCGCUAUGUGUGUGGGUGUACUUCUACUGAUCACUGCCUUACAAUGCAUCUCACCGGAUGCAACCUUGCGAAUCAUGAAUGCAGUGAGCCUGGUGAAGAUCGCCAUUCUACUGGGAUUAGUGCUCACCGGCCUCGCGACUAUCGCGGGGCUGACUCCGGGGAUCGAAGACCCAUGGAGAAAUUUCCAUCACCCCUUUUACGGGUCAUCAACAGACCCGUACGACUAUCUGGUCGCUCUGCUCAAGAUCUUAGCUUCGUUUCAAGGAUGGCACAAUGCAGCGUAUGUUCUCGACGAGGUGAAGGACCCGGUCCGAACAUUAAAGAGCGCUGGAAUUCUGGGUCUAGGGACGGUUGGAAUUCUCUACCUCAUGGCCAAUAUAGCAUGUUUUAUCGUGGCCAACCCCGACGAGAUCGGUGGCCAAGGGACCCGGCUCGUUGCGAUGCUCCUGGGUAUCGUCUUCGGCGACCAAGCAGCGCGGAUCACGGCGGCCGCUGUGGCCCUUUCCACCUUCGGCAGUUUACUCUCAACCUCUUUCGCUCUGGUACGCGUUGUGCGCGAGCUCGCGUGUGAGGGUGUCAUCCCAGCAGCAGGCUUGUUGACGAAUCGCCCCACCUCCGGCACGGCGACAGUGUUGUCAUUUUUCUUCCUCUUCGGGUCUGCUCUGAUUGCAAUCCUUUUGCUGCCAUUUGGCGAUGCGUACAUAUUUCUGGUCGAUGUCACCCAAUACCAAAUGGCAGUGGUUUGUGGCGCGGUAGUGAUCGCCCUACUGCUGAUGCGACGACGAGUCCCGUCUCAGGACUAUCCAUUCCGCGUUUGGACGUUCGCUCCAUAUACCUUUCUCGCCUGCCAGGCAUGUCUCCUUCUGACUCCGUUCAUCUCCCGGGAUGGGCAUAGCGAUACGGGCUUACCGUUCUGGCUUGCUCCGGUGGUCGCCUUGCUGUCUAUUUGUUCUGGGGGUGUGUACUGGUGGUGGCGGAAGGAACAUUGACUGGUGAAAGUCAGACCUAUCAGCAAGCGAGGGGCGAUGGCGCUGAGAAGAAUUAGGGGACUAAUAUACUUCAGCCCCCUACACUGGAGGGUACUAGUUAGACUUCGCCUUUUGUCCACUUGGACCAUUCACCCACCACCACAUUCCUAAGCCAGCUACGGAGUGGAAGAUCUUCCCAACUACAUACGAGUUCCUCUAGAUUGGUAUCGUCCUAAAUUUUGAGAUUAGUUCAAUUUUUCUAGCUCUAUUUAUGAUUUUUUUUUUCACUGAGAAGUUUCUGUGCCUAGUCGCUCCAACUCUAC